AGGUGUGUGCUGCUCUGUGCCGGGGAAGUAGCAUGUGUCUGUGUAAAUUAUUUCCGACGCGUUUGUUUGUUUAAUGGACUUCUGAAGCGGACGUGGACUUUCGUGAUUUUUAAUGGAAGUUAUUUCUCCCCCGAUUUGCGAUUCUUCUGGCGGUUUCAAGGUUAGAAUAAAGUGAGGAGAAUAAUCCCAAAAUAAAAGAGAAAAGAAAGGUAUGAUAGAUAAGAUAAUUAUCAGAAACAGAUUUAGAAAAACAGAAAAUUUCAGAGAUCGUAAACACAUUCAGUUUUACUAGUGUUUGUGGAAGUGGUUCCCCAGAGACUAAUACAUGAUAGUCUUGGCCACCCAGUGCGAGUGUGAGUAAAAACAACAGGAAAGGGGAAAAGAAGAGGAAGGAAACAAAGAAAAGAAAAAAAAAGAAUAAGAAGGAAGCUGACGGGAGAAGAUAUGAUGGAGGAGGAAGAAACCACUAUUAUAAGGUAAAUCCCAGGAAAUGAACUCCCGCUCGAAACGCAAUUCGAUAAAGUGAAAACGUAGAAAAGAAAAAAGAAAAAAAAAACUUUUUGCCUCUCUUUCUCUCCCCCACCCCCUCUUGAAAAAAAACACAAGAUGGACGCCCUAGCUCGAGAUGAACCCGACAAGAAGAAGAUUCGAGAACUUAAGCUGAAAAAGGUGUACCGCUGGUACCCCUGGCUCGAGAAGUACCGCUUUUUCAUGCUCGACUGGAUUCUGCUCUGCAUCUUUGUCAUAGACCACGACCCGGACGACAUCGAGCUGAACGUCGUGCGCUACAAGCCGGACGGGAUCGACGCUCUCGCCAGGACCACCAAGUUCAGCAAGAAGGAACUGCAGCUUAUGUACAGAGGCUUCAAGGCGGAGUGUCCGAAUGGCAUCGUAAACGAAGACACCUUUAAAGGCAUCUACUCCCAGUUCUUCCCUCAAGGAGAUGCAACGGCUUAUGCACAUUACGUCUUCAAUACCUUCGACACCGAAAAUCAGGGUUCCAUUAGUUUCGAGGAGUUCGUGACGAUCCUGUCGGAGCUGUCGCGGGGCAGCGUGACGGAGAAGCUGCGCUGGGCCUUCAACCUGUACGACAUCAACGGCGACGGAUACAUCACUAAGGAGGAGAUGCUGGACAUCGUGACGGCCAUCUACUCGCUGGUCGGCCGCAACGCCAUCCCCGCCGUCGAGGAGAACACCACGCAGGAGCACGUCGACAGGAUAUUCGAGAAACUCGACAUCAACGGCGACGGGAUGGUCACGCUGGAGGAGUUCAUGCAGACUUGCACGAGGGUGGGUGUCCUUUGCGUCUCCUAA